AUGACACCAUUGAUUAUGGAUCCACAAACAUUGGAUCAAAUCGUCAUGAUAAAUGAAAGGCAACAAAGUGGCCGUGUGAUGGAAGUUGAAGAUCAGGGACGACCGUAUUCUGAUGUCGUACUAACUAUAUCAGCACGUGAUAUCAAAGAUGUUGAUACAGAUUCCUACACUGAUCCUUUUUGUAUUGUAAGCGAAGCAAGUGCUGGAUUAGUCAGAUGUAGAACAUGGAAAGAAAUUGGGCGAACAGAAGUGAUAAAUAACUGUUUGAAUCCUGAUUGGGCAACAAAAAUACGUAUUGCAUAUUUUUUUGAGGAACAACAACGGAUACUUUUUGAAUUAUUUGAUAAAGGACCUGGAAAAGAGAAGACACAGAUUGGUUCGGCUUCUCUUUUGUUACAUGAAAUACUGGGAUCAAAGUGUAACAGGAAGACGGUCAAAUUGUUCAAAGAUGGAAAAAAUUAUGGUACGAUAACAGUGACAGCUGAAGAAAUGAGUAAAGGAAGGCAAGAAUCAGUUUAUUUUGUAUGUAGCGCAACAAAAUUGGAUAGGAAAGAUUUUCUGGGCAAAUGUGAUCCGUUUCUAAAAAUUUCCCGAAUCAAUAAGGAUAAAACAUAUCAGCUGGCAUACCGUACACGUUAUCAUGAACAAAAUUUGAAUCCAAAAUGGAAACCCUUCGAAAUACAUAUUGAUCAACUUUGUUACGGUGAUAAAGAUCGGGAAUUUCUUGUCGAAUGCUUUGACUGGGACAAAGAUGGGAACCAUGAUUUGGUUGGUAAUUGUCGUACUACAGUUAACAGGUUACUUAACAAAGAAGAUGUCACUUUACCGCUAAUCAAUCAGAAAAAGAUGAAGAAAAACAAAAAAUAUGUUGAUUCUGGACAACUUCACUUUCAUAGGGUGUAUUGUUGGAUGGAUUACACCUUUCUCGACUUCAUAACUGGCGGAACUGAGCUCGAAUUUACAGUGGCAAUUGAUUUUACGAAGUCAAAUUUACCUUCCGGUAAUAUGGCAUCACUACACCAUGUUGAUGAUGAAAGUGCCAGUCAGUACGAAAUUGCUAUUCAAGCGAUUGCCGAAAUUUGCCAGUACUACAAUAACAGUCAAUUGUUUUAUGCUUACGGUUUUGGUGCCCGUUUACCCGGCGAUAAUCGCGUCAAUUUUCAUUUUCCCUUGAAUUUGACAACAAAUAGUCCAGAAUGCAUUGGAAUGGAUGGUCUAUUAAAUGCCUAUCGUGAUGCGUUAAAUAGAAUAGAAUUGGCAGGGCCAACAGAAUUUGGGCCAACAUUACGGCAUGCAGCACGACAUGCAGCUUCGUUACCUCCGGAUGGUAGUAGAUAUUCCGUUCUUUUAAUAAUCACUGACGGUGUUAUCAACGAUAUGAAUAGAGCAAAGGAAGAAAUUGUAAAGGCGUCAUCACUGCCAUUAUCUAUAAUAAUUGUUGGUGUUGGUUAUGACAGUUUUGGUGAAAUGAAGGUUCUAGACUCUGAUCGACAAAUGUUACAAGUGAAUGGCAAAUAUGCAAAGCGUGACAUUGUUCAGUUUGUGCAGCUUCGGGAAUUCUUACCACCUCAUCGUAUCUUAACGGAUGAUGAUUUGAUCGAAGCUAAGUAUCGUUUAGCUAAAGAAGUUUUACAAGAAGUACCUGCACAAUUAACAAGUUAUAUGAAAUCAAAAGGAAUAUUCCCGAAACAGAUUUGUCCCAUUUCAUGUGAUGAUGAUCGAAAAUUGUCCGUAGUAGAACGAGGAUAUCCAAAUAUUCAAACAACAUCACGAACAAGAAGGCGUAUGUUACCUGCAGUGCCAUGUGAGGAAGUACAAAAUAUGCACAUUAAUCCAACUAGGUCUGCUUAA